AUGGGGCUGCUCCUGGCCCUGCCCUGCAUUCUCCAGCAGAUGGCCGAGAGAUUCGAGGGUCGCAAGCUCAAGCACAAGGUGGCCCAGAAGACGCUCAGCCGCAACAUUGCUUUCCAGCUCGCCUCGCUCUACCUCCUAACUGUGUCUGGGACCAUCUUCGACAGCUUCCAGGAGGCCGUCCUGCACCCGCUCUGUGUGGGGCAGAUUCUCGGCAACACGAUCCCGAAGCUGUCCGUGUGCUUCUUUACUUGGGUUGUCGUUCGCAUAUCGAAGGUAAAACAUCGGCAUAAGCAUAAUCUUUCGACGGUCUGCGCGGAUUUCUUAGAUCUGUGCUGGAGCCCCCUGGCAGCGUCUCCGCCGCCGCCCCUGGCGCGCUCCGCGUGCAAGAGGGUGUUUUGGCCCAGAUCAAAGGAAACCCGCGCGGACCUUCCAAAGCUAAUUCUGUUUAUGCAGUUUUUUCCUUUCUAG